CCGGGCCGGAGGCGGCCCAGCCGAACGGGCCAUGGCCACCGCCAUUCAGAACCCGCUCAAGUCCACCAUCCUCUUGUCGGGUCUUUCUUCCGGAACCCCGCGGCUGCAGAGUGGGAGCCGAGACCAUCCCCGUUUGAGUCCUUGCUGCCUCCUCUCUUUGCUCCGGGGUCUCCAAAGACUCAGAAGUCCCGACGUCUCGGUCAGCUCGGACCGUGCAAGCCUCCUUCUCCCCGCCCAUAGCCAUCUAACGCGAGCACCUCCCAUCCCCUGGAGGACCGGUGCUUCGGGAGCCGGUGCUGGGAGCGCCUCCCUCUCCGGGAAUUCCCUCCCUUUCGGCUUGUCGCUGCUCUCCUCGGAGCGCUGGCCUCCUCUGGGCCCGGUGACUGGGAACCGGGACGCCGGGGUCGGAGGCUAGCCCCUCCCCGUCCCUCCUCGCUCUUUGCCACCCGACGCCGCCUUCUCCUUUUUGUAUCUCCCUCUCGGUCCUUCCUCGGGAUCACGGACCCCCGGGUCCCAGCGCUCUCCACCCCCCUUUCCCUGGCGGUGACAGCGGGUUACAAGUGACAGGAGCGUGGCCGCUCCCGCCCUCUCUCCCUGCAGGAGAGCGGCACUCCCCUCCCCCGCUCCCUACCGGGCGGAGGAGGCGGAGGGCGAGCGCCCGCGGCGCCGCACAAAGGGGCCGGGGCUACCUCCCCCUCCCCCCCCCCCCUGCGCUUAUAGACUUGACCUUGAGCCUGGAGCGUUGGGGUGACAGGGGGCGUGCGCCCCCCCCCCCCAUCCACCUACAGAAGGGUUGUUUGAACCAAAACCUUUCCCCAGUUGCUGCUGGUUUCUGGAGCGUUGGGGGGCUUGAGAGUUACGGGGGCAGGGAUUUAUAGGCUGCGCCUACCAGGGAGACCGUCUGGUGCCUGGGUCAGUGUGAGGGGGAGGGCAAUGGUAACAUAUUAUGCUUCCCCCUGACUCUAAGUCACACACACAGAGGUCUCUGUCUUUUGGAGGGACAUCCAGAGAUCCAUCGGUGUACACUGGAGUUCCAAUCUGGGUUGGUGAGUCUGCAGACACCUCGGAGGCAGUGUGUUUGAUGUGCACUCUACGGAGUAUAGAGGGCAGUCAGAGGGGAUUGGCUCUUCUGUUACCUUCCAAAGGGCCUAUCUGGCUGGAAGUGGGGACACACUCCGUCCCUAAGGAAUGCCAGAGCCACAGGUCGUGGCUAAUCCCAGCACCAGGGAGGCAGACGCUGGUGGAUCUCUGCCAGCUUGGUUCAAACAGUGAGCUCCCGGCCAGCCAUGGCCAGAUCCCCUUAGUCCUUCCGGCCUGAAUUCACACUUGGCUUGAAGGCACCGGUUUCCUGCUGGGGCCUCAGUGUUACCGAGUGUGGGUUGGGCCUCAUAAUUGUUCCUGUUACCUCAUGGGGGCAGCAGUGAGGCUCCUGGUGGUUGAGUUAGUUACAGACAGGAUCUUAGGGGGCUCUGCCGGCUUUUUAGUUUUGUUUGUUUAUUUUGCUUUGCUUUGCUUCCAAGACAGACUCUUCGAAAACUCUCCAGCAGAGACUGCCCUCAAACUCCAGCAAUCCUCCAAGUCUCAACUCUGAAUGCUAGGUUCACAUGUCUGAGCCACAGGACCUCACUAGAAAGCCUGAUCCAAAGUACUGAUUACUACUAUAAGCAUAGACAGUGAUUGCUACUACAACACAGGGCACUGGACUCUGGGACAGGAGCAUUGUUUGGGCAACUGGGAGGACUGGGGGCUGAGUUCUGAGGACAGAGUGUGACAGAGUGUGAUGGCCACAGGCAGGGGAAAGGGAGCCAGGCCCUUUCCUAGCUGCAGCCCGGCUUCUGAGGUGACAGGACAUCUUCUACACUCAAGGGAGGGCAGGGCAAAGGUAGAGGUCAGGGUGUGUGCUGGGGAUCUGGUGUGUGGUGGAGGUGAGAGAAAGGUGACAGGGACCCCCCCCCCGAGCUGAACGACAGGGCAUAUCAAGGCAAGGUGGGGUGACACCACUGGGGUCUGGAGAGGAGGCUGAGUGAGGGGGUGCCAGCAUCCCUUAUUUAAUUCUGGGCAGGAACUGAACCAGAUGCCCUACCUAUGCUGGUAUGACUUUGGAUGACUUAGACGGGUGGAUGGAUGGGGACAUUUGUGGAAGGGAGCUAAGUCUAGAGGUGUGUGUAGUUCAGGAAAUCUUGAAGCGUAUAGGGAUGGGUGGACCACCCCCUGGUGGACAAAGGUGUAAUUGUAUUAACACUUGAUAUGCUAAUUUAUGCAGCCACUCAAAUCAGAAUGCUAAGUUAUUCCCCAGAGGGUGGGGCUGUGUGUGUGUGUGUGUGUGUGUGUGUGUGUGUGUGUGUGUGUGUGUGAUUCAGUAGGUCAGCUCAUUUUCUGGGGCUCUGCUCGGGUAGUCUGUGGGUGUCAGUGGGGGAGGAGAGGAGACAAGGCUCCCUCCACUGGGGAUGGAUGAUUAGGCGAAUGGGUCUUUGGGCUUUCACACAGCGCUCAGGGCCAGAGAGCAGGUAAGGUUUCUCCUCAGGACCUCAAAGUCCUUGUCUGGAAAAUAAGGAGAGUCAAAGUUUAGCUUGGAAAGAGAUGUGUUAAGCACAUGGUGGGCAGUAAGCGUCACUCAGCACCUAUCUGUUGAACACCUACUAGGGCUGAGAUUAUUUUUCUACCACUUAAUACCCUGGUACACAGCAGACCCUCCUUGUAGACAUCUUCUCUAUGGAAUAAAUGAAUUUAGUAGUACCUGCCAGGUACUACUAUUUCUUCAUCUGGGGCCGCGACUGAACCCAUGGGCUCUCAAAUACUUUCUUUUAUCAGAACUGAACCCUAAGCCUUGUUACCUAUCUUUGAAAAUACUUUCAGUAGCUGACGUGGAGUCACACACCUUUGGGAGGCAGAGGCAGGAGAAUUGUAGUGUGAAGACAGCUUGGGCUGGACAGUAAGAUUCUGUCACUGAAACAGCCUCUUACGUGGUUCCUCAUCUAAUCUUCAGUCCGAUGAGGCAUUGUAACUAUUUUCUAAAGGAGGAAACAGGCCCAGAGAGGUUCAGUCCUGCGCCCGAAGUCCUAACAGUGGGCAUUUGAGCCCAGUGACGGCAGUCCUGUAGUCCUGUGGAGGAGUGGACCGGGGUGACCGCGAGAGUCAGCCCUGGGACACGAUGGGUUCUCCAAGUUUGGAGGGGCUUGGGAGGAGAGGUGGCGUCUACGCCGGCACGCUGGUGACCCCGCUGGGUGGGUACCUGCGAGGUCUGCGCGCCUGUGGCUGGGCGUGAGUGAAGGUGUGUGAGUGGGGUGUGUGGGAGUCUGCGAGUGUAGUGUGACUGUGUGUAAGCUGCCAUGUGCGCGUGUGUGCGUCUGUGCACGUGGGACUGGGGAGUGCGUGUGAGUGAGCGUGUCUGAAGGACUGCGUGAUCCUCCAUCCCCCCUGGGGCUGAGGACCCGCCAGGGACUACCACUCCCGGCAUGGCCUGGUCGGCCCGCCCCACCGUCCUGAUUGGCUGAGAUCCGCGUGCUCCCGCCCCCCGGGAAUGAAUGGAUGGGCGGCCUCAGCGCCCGCCCGACCGCUGGGAGGACCGACCCGGCAGGGACCUGCUGGGGGCAGGACCCGGGGAGCAAGAUGGCCACGGUCAUCCCCGGCCCCCUGAGGUGCCUCGGCGAGGACUUCUACCGCGAGGCCAUCGAGCAUUGCCGCAGCUACAACGCGCGCCUGUGCGCCGAGCGCAGCCUGCGCCUGCCCUUCCUCGACUCGCAGACCGGUGUGGCCCAGAACAACUGCUACAUCUGGAUGGAGAAGACCCACCGCGGGCCUGGUUUGGCCCCGGGACAGAUCUACACUUACCCCGCCCGCUGUUGGAGGAAGAAGCGGAGACUCAACAUUCUGGAGGACCCCAGGCUGCGGCCCUGCGAGUACAAGAUCGAUUGUGAGGUACCCCUGAAGAAGGAGGGUGGCCUUCCGGAAGGGCCGGUCCUCGAGGCUCUGCUUUGUGCUGAGACAGGAGAGAAGAAGGUCGAGCUGAAGGAGGAGGAGACCAUUAUGGACUGUCAGAAACAGCAGUUGCUGGAGUUUCCGCAUGAUCUCGAGGUAGAAGACUUGGAGGAAGACAUUCCCAGGAGGAAGAACAGGGCCAAAGGAAAGGCAUAUGGCAUUGGAGGUCUUAGGAAACGCCAGGACACCGCUUCCCUGGAGGACCGAGACAAGCCGUACGUCUGUGAUAUCUGUGGGAAGAGGUAUAAAAACCGUCCAGGGCUCAGCUACCACUACACCCACACCCACCUGGCUGAGGAGGAGGGGGAGGAGCAUGCUGAGCGCCACGCCCUGCCCUUCCACCGGAAAAACAACCAUAAACAGUUUUACAAAGAAUUGGCCUGGGUCCCCGAGGCACAGAGGAAACACACAGCCAAGAAAGCACCAGACGGCACUGUCAUCCCCAAUGGCUACUGUGACUUUUGCCUGGGGGGCUCCAAGAAGACUGGGUGUCCUGAGGACCUCAUCUCCUGUGCAGAUUGUGGGCGAUCAGGACAUCCCUCGUGUUUACAGUUCACGGUGAACAUGACCGCAGCUGUGCGGACCUACCGCUGGCAGUGCAUUGAAUGCAAGUCCUGCAGUCUGUGUGGUACCUCAGAGAACGACGGUGCCAGCUGGGCGGGUCUCACCCCCCAGGACCAGUUGCUGUUCUGUGAUGACUGUGAUCGAGGUUACCACAUGUACUGCCUGAGCCCUCCCAUGGCGGAGCCCCCGGAAGGGAGCUGGAGCUGCCACCUCUGUCUUCGACACUUGAAGGAAAAGGCUUCCGCCUACAUCACCCUCACUUAGGCCUGCCUCUGCUUCUCCAGGACCUUUGGGUGGUGCUAGCUUUCCUGGCUGGAGGAGCUCCUGGCUCUGCCCACUCGGUGUCCCCAGUGGGAGGGAGAGGGUGAAGCCCAGAGGGGCCAAGAUGUUCUUCCUCUGCAAGUGGAAUGUCACCCCGUGGGUGGGUGGGUCCGGUAGGGCUCCUCCUGCCCCCUCUCCAUCCCUUGGCAAAUGGGCACCAGGGGCUUCUGCUCCCCUCAAAGCCAUACCCCGCCUCUGGGCGGGCAUAGGGGGGUAGUGGAUGCCAGCUGGGGGCAUGGAAAGAGCCUUUUUCUAAAGAAAAAGACAAAAAGUUAAAAAAAAAAAAAAGAAAUUAAUAUAUACAAAGAGUACUAUAAAGCCUGGCUGGGUGGCAGGGCGCAGCUGAGUGUCUGCUGGGUACCGACUCUUACCAGUUUUCUGACUGGCACCUCCCACCCCAUUUCUGGAGUUGCAGUAUUCUCAACUCCCCAUCUGAGGUGGGUACUACUCUUUCCUCACACCCAGGCCAGGUGGGCACAGUGCUCACCCACUGCCCUCUCCCAGUACCCACCGUGGAUACUGCAUGAUGUGAACCAUGGUUUUGAACUCUUCCUGCCCUCCUUGCUAGUCCCACCCUGCGCCCACUGGUGCCUGCCAGGCCCUGGGCAUGCAGCUUGGGGAGGCCAGCGGGCAGGCGGGCGGCCGGGCAGCCCGGGCAGCCGGCGCAGCCCGCUGCAGUGAGAAGCACAGAUUGCAAUGGACUCAUUUUCCCCUCUCUUCUCAGCCCCUUCCCUUCCCGGCCAGGCCGGGCUGCCUCCUGCCCCACCUCGCUGGCCAUUUUGGGGGUGGCGAGGGGGUGUGGUUGUUUCUUGUGGUUGUGUGUGUUUGUUGUUCGGGUUUUAAAAAGGGAAAUUGAGACUGUAAGUAGGGGAGGUGGAGGGUCUGGGGGAGUCUACCCCCAACCCAGGAGUGCCCCCCUUGCCACCGAGUCUCCUUUAUUGCCUGCCUCUGCUGUGAAUUAACUUGUUCUGUGUAUUAAACUGGGCCUGACCCCUCUACCCAU